AUGUGGACAAGCACGUUGUCGCCCAGUACCUCAACCUAUGAUUACAAACGUUUCUUGCCCUUCCACAUCCACGAAAUCUCGCCAGAUCUUGAAAAUGUCACAAUAUUCGCGAAUUGUACUGAGGAUCAGAAGAAAACUAUUUUCGACUAUGACACCAGCAAGUUAGCGUUGGUCGACACUACGCUACCAGUGCUAUGUAUUAUCUUAUCUAUAUUUUCCCUGAUAAUCAAUAUAAUUUUCCUAUUCUUGACGGUCAAGGGGCUUAUGGAGAAGAAAUUGCCUUUGAAGGGUUACUCAUUACUGAUUAAUCGAUCCGUCACCGAUAUUCUCACCUGCUUUUUGACGUUGAUAUUCGUAUCUCUGCACAAGCUUGUAUUUAUUCAAGGGAAUCCGGAGUAUCCUACACAAGAGAGGAAUAUUAGCAUUUAUGAGGUGGAUUAUUUGAUUCCGCAUGGGAGAACGAUGUUUACGUUAUUGUUGACAGCCAAUUUUGGAGCUUAUGGUGUUCUGGCUUUAUUGACCUAUCUGGCAAUUCGGCAUCCAUGGCUGUAUAUGGCGAAGAUAUCGGCAAGAAGGAUUAUCUACAUCAUGCUCGGCGUCUGGGCGGUCGGCCUCAUCUACUCCGUAAUCGUCGUCUGCAUCUCGGCCAACAACGCCUUUAACGUGUUCAACGAUGCAAAAGAUUUGAUCCGUUGGAACGUUUCGAGUGAGGAUUACGUACUUUCAAUCUUCAACCUUUUCAUCGUGUUGGUGUCCUUUCUUAUAGUGACAGUAUCUUACGCUGCGAUUAUGGUCUAUCUAUAUCGGAAAAGUAAUGAAUCUGGGAACGCUUCACUGCAUUUGAUGUCAAUUGGAAGAUUGGCUUUAAAUAUUUUUGCGUUUUCGAUUACUUGCAUCGUGAUGGCGGGCUUCGUAUCGAUUCCGAUCAUACUGAAGAGUCAUAUUGACUAUUUAAUUGCUGAAAUUCAGGAAUCACAAUGCAAGACCCUGGUAGCGGCCUAUCAAUUAUCAUAUCAAAUGGCCGAAUGGACAACGGCGGCAAUGGUCGGGUGGCUCCUCCGGAUGAUAAUGGAUCCAUUGGCAAAUUUGCUGCUCGAUACCCGAUUUAAGCUGAUUUAUGGGCCCUGGUUUGUCAUGUUCGACAUGACACCAAGGAAAACGAGAUCGAAGGUCGCUACAGAAUUUCUACAAAAAUGCGCUGAAGCAAAUAUCAUGCCGAUAUCGAUAAUUUCUGGGGAAGGCCGGUACUUCCGCUUUAGAAGUUCAUCGGUUGAAGAGGGCGGGCAAUCGCGACGAAUGCAGAACGUACGUCGAUUUGAACACGUCAUACCGCUAAAAGAACGGGUGCUA